GGGCGGCUCUGAUCUCUGGCCACGCCCCACCCCUGCUCCGAGCAUAAAGCCAGAGCCCAGUUCAGCACAGGCGUCAGCUCUAACACAGAACCUGCACCAUGCCUAUGACCUUGGGGUACUGGAACCUUCGGGGGCUGGCUCACGCCAUCCGCAUGCUUCUGGAGUACACUGACACUAAGUACGAGGAGAAGAAGUACCAGAUGGGCGACGCUCCCGACUAUGACAGAAGCCAGUGGCUGGAUGAAAAAUUCAAGUUGGGCCUCGAUUUCCCCAAUCUGCCCUACUUAUUCGAUGGGCCUCACAAGAUCACCCAGAGCAAUGCCAUCCUUCGCUACCUGGCUCGCAAGAACAACAUGUGUGGGGAGACGGAAGAGGAGCAGAUUCGUGUGGACAUCCUGGAGAACCAGAUUAUGGACACCUUUAUGCAAAUGGCCCGGACGUGCUACAGCCCUGACUUUGAGAAGCUGAAGCCGGACUUCUUGAAGGGACUCCCCGACACGCUGAAGCUGUUCUCGCAGUUUCUGGGAAAGAGGCCCUGGUUUGCAGGGGACAAGCUCACCUACGUGGACUUCCUGGCUUACGAUCUCUUCGACAAGCUCCGCAUGUUCGAGCCCCCGUGCCUGGAUGCAUUCGCCAACCUGCAGGACUUCAUGGCCCGCUUUGAGGGCCUGAAGAAGAUCUCUGCCUACAUGAAGUCCAGCCGCUACCUUCCACGCCCUGUGUUCGGAAAAAUGGCGUUGUGGGGCAACAAGUAGGCCUCCCAGGAAGGAGACGGAAGUACAAGCAGUUCGUGAUUUCUAUAGUGGAGCCUCAUGAAUAUUUGGACUUUCCUGCACCCCAGAAUCAGCCUGUUAUGAUUUCUCCUCCUUCCCCUUGUCCACCUGACUCUGUCUUCAUGGUCCUUCCAGCUGGAGCUCCUGGCCGCUGCUCCUGGGGGAAACAGUGGCAUGAACUGCCCACUAUGUCUCCCGCCUAAGUUCAACCCUGCUCUAGAGACCGGGCAGCUCCCUGUGGGGUUCCCCAGCCUCGCUGCUCCCCAGUAAAACCUCCCUCGGUCUGUC